AUGGCAGCGAGUUCUGAGAUCAUGCGUGGGCAUGUGGCCUUGGCAUUGAAGGCACAAGUGGGAUGCGGCUGCUUGCCCUUGAACCUAGCAAGCCCGGAUGAUGUUGAGGGCCUGCCCUCCGAGAGGCAGGGGGUGUCCAUGCUAUUCCAAGGUGCCCAGCUCACCAUGGAAACUCCUCAUCCUUCCACACCCUGUCCUCCCCCUUCCCUCAAAGAUUUCCCACCAACUUUCUCACGCGAUCUGCUGACCCAGACCUCAGCCCUGCAGCCCCCUGAUCUUGGCACCCUAGGCCUCGGCCAAGGGAAACAGUGGCCUUGUCGACCAUCAACAGUCCCCAGAGAUGAAGAGGGAAGGCCAGUCAGGGUGACACUGGGCUCUCCUCUCGGUUUGCUGUGUGCUUAUGUACCUGGAGGCAACCCCUCUGGUUGUCUCCUGUUCUCUAGCUCCACACUCUGA